UAGUAUUUACCAGGUUGGGUUUGUCCGCAGCGCUAAUUACUUUUUCCAAAGGCUGCAGGGCUUCACUCCGGCUGGCGUCGCCGCCUCGCGCGCCCCUGCUCUGCCACUACGGUCUUGGGGGCUGCUGGUCCCGAGUACCAUGUGUGACGGCACCCUGCUGCCCCCUCUCGUCCUGUCCUUGCUGCUGCUGGUGUGGGGGCUGGACCCGGGCACAGCUGUCGGCGACGCGGCGGCCGACGUGGAGGUGGUGCUCCCGAGGCGGCUGCGCCCGGAGGACGUGCACCUGCAGCUGCUGCCGGGAGCAGCGGGGCUCCGGCGGUGGCGGCAACCGCGAGCAUCUUCAGGUGGCCCUCGAGCGGUGCAAGGAGAGCGCGCCCUGCUGCUGCACCUGCCGGCCUUUGGGCGCGACCUGUACCUGCAGCUGCGUCGCGACCUGCGCUUCCUGUCCCCAGGCUUCGAGGUGGAGGAGGCGGGUGGCUCGGGGCGCAGCGGACACCCUGCCGAGCUGUGCUUCUACUCCGGACGAGUCCUGGGCCACCCGGGCUCCCUCGUCUCCCUCAGUGCCUGCGGCGCCUCCGGCGGCCUGGUUGGCCUCAUCCAGCUUGAGCAGGAGCAGGUUUUCAUCCAGCCGGUCAACAACUCAGGGGGCCCAUUCAGUGGACGAGAGCACCUGGUCAGACGCAGAUGGUCCUCCACCCCCAGCCCAUCUACGGAGGUGGAGGGACCCAGGCAGCACUGCAAAGUAGUGACAGAAGAGAAGCCCAGGAAGGGCAAGCUGUCUCGGGACUGGAGGGAGCGGAGAAAUGCCAUCAGGCUCACCAACGAGCGCACGGUGGAGACUUUGGUGGUGGCCGAUGCCAACAUGGUGCAGUACCACGGGGCAGAGGCUGCACAGAGAUUCAUCCUCACUGUCAUGAACAUGGUAUACAACAUGUUUCAGCACCGGAGUCUUGGGAUUAAAAUUAACAUUCAAGUCACCAAGUUGGUCCUUCUGAGACAACGCCCUGCCAAGUUAUCCAUUGGGCACCAUGGUGAGCGGUCCCUGGAGAGCUUCUGUCACUGGCAGAAUGAGGAGUAUGGAGGAGCACGCUACCUUGGCAAUAACCAGGUGCCAGGAGGGAAGGAUGAUACGCCUCCUGUGGAUGCUGCUGUAUUUGUGACCAGGACAGAUUUCUGCGUUCACAAAGAUGAACCUUGUGACACCGUUGGAAUUGCUUACUUAGGAGGCGUGUGCAGUGCUAAGAGGAAAUGUGUGCUCGCAGAAGACAAUGGUCUCAAUUUGGCCUUUACCAUCGCACAUGAGCUGGGCCACAACCUGGGAAUGAACCACGAUGAUGACCACUCAUCUUGUGCUGGCCGGUCGCACAUCAUGUCAGGAGAGUGGGUGAAAGGCCGGAAUCCCAGUGACCUCUCUUGGUCCUCCUGUAGUCGAGAUGACCUUGAGAACUUUCUCAAAUCCAAAGUCAGUACAUGUUUACUGAUCACUGACCCCAGGAGCCAGCAUGCCCUGCGCCUUCCACACAAGCUUCCAGGCAUGCACUACAGUGCCAACGAGCAGUGCCAGAUUCUGUUUGGCACUAAUGCUACCUUCUGCAAAAACAUGGAGCAUCUGAUGUGUGCUGGGCUGUGGUGCCUGGUAGAGGGAGACGCAUCCUGCAAGACCAAGCUGGACCCUCCCCUAGAUGGCACUGAGUGUGGAGCAGACAAGUGGUGCCGGGCUGGAGAGUGUGUGAGCAAGACGCCCAUCCCAGAGCAUGUGGACGGGGACUGGAGUCCGUGGAGUGCCUGGAGCAUGUGCAGCCGAACGUGUGGUACUGGAGCGCGAUUCCGGCAGAGGAAAUGUGACAACCCCCCUCCUGGGCCUGGAGGUACACACUGCCAGGGUGCCAGCGUAGAACAUGCUGCCUGUGAGAACCUGCCUUGCCCCAAGGGUGUGCCCAGCUUCCGGGACCAACAGUGUCAAGCCCAUGACCGACUGAGCAGCAAGAAGAGAGGCCUGUUGACAGCAGUAGUGGUUGAUGAUAAGCCCUGUGAACUCUACUGCUCACCCCUCGGGAAGGAGUCCCCGCUGCUGGUGGCUGACAGGGUCCUGGAUGGCACACCCUGCGGACCCUAUGAGGCUGACCUCUGCGUGUAUGGAAGAUGCCAGAAAAUUGGAUGUGACGGCAUCAUCGGGUCUGCAGCUAAAGAAGACAGGUGUGGUGUCUGCAGUGGGGAUGGCAAGACAUGUCGUGUGGUGAAGGGUGACUUCAGCCACUCCCGGGGGACAGGUUAUAUUGAAGCUGCUGUCAUUCCUGCUGGAGCUCGGCGGAUCCGUGUGGUGGAAGACAAACCUGCUCACAGCUUCCUGGCUCUCAAAGACUCCAGUAAGAGAUCCAUCAACAGCGACUGGAAGAUAGAACUCCCUGGAGAGUUCCAGAUUGCAGGUACAACUGUCCGCUAUGUGAGGAGAGGCCUGUGGGAGAAGUUCUCAGCCAAGGGACCCACCACGGUGCCACUGCAUCUGAUGGUGCUGUUAUUUCAUGACCAGAAUUACGGAAUUCAUUACGAAUACACCAUACCUGUAAACCAGAGCACAGAAAACCAGAGUGAGCCCGCCAAGCCACAGGACGCUCUGUUCCUCUGGACCCACAGUGGCUGGGAAGGCUGCAGCGUGCAGUGUGGAGGAGGAGAACGCAGGACUAUUGUAUCAUGCACACGGAUUGUUAACAAGACCACAACCUUGGUGAAUGACAGUGACUGCCCUCAAGCAAGCCGCCCUGAGCCCCAGGUCCGACGGUGUAACUCUCACCCAUGCCAGUCCCGGUGGGUGGCUGGUCAGUGGAGCCCCUGCUCGGCGACCUGUGAGAAGGGCAUCCAACAUCGGGAGGUGACUUGCGUGUACCAGCUCCAGAACGGCACCCACGUCACUACUCGGCCCAUCUACUGCUCAGAACCCCGGCCGACACCAGUACAGAGCUGUGAAGGCCAGGACUGCCUGUCUAUCUGGGAGGCUUCAGAGUGGUCAGAGUGCUCUGCCAACUGUGGCAAAGGGACCCAGAAACGGACUGUGACGUGCACCAACUCCCAAGGGAAAUGCGAUGCGUCCACAAGGCCGAAAGCAGAGGAGGAAUGUGAGGACUACUCCGGCUGCUAUGAGUGGAAAACUGGGGACUGGUCUAAGUGCUCAUCCACCUGUGGGAAGGGGCUCCAGUCGAGAGUGGUGCAGUGCAUGCACAAGGUCACUGGACGCCAUGGCAGUGAGUGCCCGACUCUCUCAAAGCCAGCAGCCUACAGGCAGUGCCACCAGGAGGUGUGCAAUGAGAAGAUCAAUGUGAACACCAUCACCUCUCCUCGCCUUGCCGCUCUGACUUACAAAUGCACCCGGGACCAGUGGACGGUGUACUGCCGGGUCAUCCGAGAGAAGAACCUCUGCCAGGAUAUGCGAUGGUACCAGCGCUGCUGCCAGACCUGUAGGGACUUCUAUGAAAAUAAGAUGCGCCAGCCGCCCUCUCCACCAAGCUCGUGACAGACAGCAUAGUGCUUGCUCAGUGCUCUGACUCAAGGUCUGAGGCGUGGCAGUUAGUGGAGAGCCCUCACCCUACCCAAAGCACACCAGCCCUGCAGCCAGGACCCCCAAAGCACUCCUCUGCUCCCACAAUAAGGCUGCCUCAAGAAUCCAGUUGCCUAGAGCUAGAGAGUGGACUUGACAUUGCCAUUAGUCCUUUGAACGUAAUAUAUUAACAGCUACUGGAUGGCUUUCUAAGGAAAAACUACACAAGAGUCAUAAAAUAAUUUUAAUUUCCAAGCUCCUAUGUACCUCAAAGGGGGAUACCUCUGGCAGAUAAAAAUUAUACACACACACACAAACACACACACACACACACACACAGAGAGAGAGAGAGAGAGAGAGAGAGAGAGAGAGAGAGCAUUUAGUGCUUCUGUUCUGGCUUUCUGUUGACAUUUUAAUUCCUCGGGCUUGAUAUAGCUUUGUGGAAAUGAGAUACCACAUUAGAAGAGGCUCUAUCCUGAAAGUCAGCAAUGCCCUGAUCAACCAGCCUCUGCUAAUGGCUUCUCUGGAAGAGGGAUGAGCUGCCUUCCUAUGAACACAAGAAUCAAGACUUGGUCUCUGCCCACCUAAAAACACAUAGACUCAAAAUCCUUAGAAAUUGCCUUAGAAAUCUUGUCCCUGAGAGUUUAAAUCUGAAUAGACCAACAAGAAAUCCAGUGCCAUACAGUUCUGCAUACCUCCUGUGUGGGAGAACUUCCCAGAGAGCUGGAUUUGGGAAGGUAUCUGCUUUUCAGAGCUUAGCUGUGUAUCCCACAGGGAGAGAGGGGAGCCUUUCUUCAAGGUGCUAUGAGAUGGGGCAUGCAUGCAUGGUCCAUGGGGUUGCUUCCUGACAUAAAGGUGCCUUCAGCUUCCUCAGGGAUGUGCCAGCUCCCAGUCUGUCUCCAGGCUCAUCCACUCUGGCCUGCACUCCAUAAGGCUUUAUACCUUAUAUACAUGCUACAACUUGGCAAAGUAGCUUUCCAUUGACAUUGGCCUUUCCUCUGAAGUUAGGAUGACGUUUGGGACAUCUGAGGACACACAUCAGUCCUGGGUUCUGCAGCAUAAGGCUUAACUUCAGUAUCUGGACACAAGGAAGAUGUGCCAGGACUUGUGGAGGUACACCACGUGGCUGAAAUUGAAAUCCAUCAAGCCUUCUUCUAGCCAAUAUGUCACGGUUAGAACCUUCGUUGUUUGUGGCAUGGAAAGAUGGAGAAGGUCCUCUCUUCCAUUCCCAUGCUGUCACCCUUGCCACAGAACUUUCCCAUCUCCAGAAGGUCAGAGAAGUGCCAGACUGACCUCUCCGAGGGCAGACCAGCUGAUAGACUCGCGGCUUCCGUGGGAAGCUGCUUUGUUCCACUUGUCGGAGGGUUUUCAUGGGUGCUUAUGAACUACCUUGAGAGGCCCAUCUUCUCCUGGUGUUAGAUGGAAACUCUCACUUGGGCCAGUUUCCAUGGGAUCAUCUCCAAGUGCUUCUUGAUUUUUUUUUUUUUUUUUUUUACUGGUGCUGUUUCUAUUUUUGUUGUGGGUUUUGUUCUGUUUUGAUUUUUACUAGCCCAUCCCAUAGACGUGGUCAGGGUGGCAGGGAUUUUGUUUGGUUCCACUUGAACUGAGAAAGGAGUGUUGAGAAGACUCCUCAGGUGCUCUGAGAGUGUCAGGAUGAAGUAAUGCACUGGUUGUCACCCCAGUGUUGUGCUAGACACUGCCCCCAGCUCAGGCCUGGUCACCAGCACACUCCCCAGGCUAUUUUGAAAACCCACAAAUUCCAGGGAGCUUCAGAGGCAGAGGGGAAGGUGCUGUCAAUUUUCCCUUUGCCCAGCAGCUUCUGUUAGUUUACGCAAAGACAUUCAUAUUUUAGAGCUAGAGAUCAAUGAGAACGCCAGCAUAGCCAGCUCAAGAGGCCACACAAUCUUCCUUGUGGAUCUGCAGAGACAAAUGGAGACAGAGCAAGUCCCCAUAGGUGUGUGUGCACUGUUCCUGGUGCCUCUGAUGCCCCCCACCCCCAGCCAUCUGUCCCCUGAAGGAGCCCCACACCAUAAACGUUAAGCCCCUCACACGUGUGCUAUCUGAGCAAACGCUAGCAUCGUCACUUUGAACUCCACCACGAUUUCAUUCUGCCAUCAAAGCUCUGGGGUCACAACGGUGAUGCCUCUGUAUUAACCCCACACUGUCACUCAAGUACUGUACCCUCGUGGUCCCACAGAUGUGUCCGUAGCGUGUCUCAGUCUUAUGGUGCUAUUCACACUGGUGCAAGACAAACCACUCGCCACUGUCUGCGGCUUGAUCACUCAGAACACAGAAGAGGAGCUGUGGUGGUGACCUCUAACCUCUGCUCUUUUGCCAUUUUAAAGUCAAAUGUAUAUAGUUCCCACUAGUUAACUUACACUCAGUACUGUAUCUGUGGGUUCUGUUUUGUGUUGUUUUACUUUGGGGUGCUGGUUAUGAAAGAACACAGAAGAAUAGAUGACAAACAUUGGAUGCCGUUAGACAUAAAAAACUCAUCAUUUCGUUGGGAGCAAGUUGAACAUGUGUAAUAAAAUGUUUUUUCCAUAA